CCUCUUUCUCUACGUUGCGGCCAUCGACAGCUUUUGUUUGCUUAUUCGCUUCGUUUAUCAGCACCAACCUACGUUCCGAUCCACACCUGUCCACCUAUAGGCAUAGGCAUGCAGCCAUUUUCUCCAUGCCUACAGUGUCUAGUAUAGAGCCUCCUGAUCCUGAAUUUUACCUCGUACGACCGCACCACUGGACCAAAGAGUCUCUCCUCCUCGGCUUCCAGCUCGACGAGAUCCUGUGGGAGAACCAUUACCUCAAGAUCGGCAAGCAAUUCCUGCAAGGCACGACUGAGGAACAGCUGCAAGAGAACUUCUACCAGCUGCUACCGGAGGCCGUCAAGAAUGGCGACGAUCACAUCAGGGAGAAUUGGCUACGCGCCGGCAUCCGCGUGCAUGUGAAGAGGAUCAUGAAGAAACCUAAAAAGUCAUUCACCCGCGCAAAGAACUCGAAGAUAUCCGGCUCUGCUCGGGCGACUUCGUCGCCCAAUUCUCGUUCACCUUCCCCACAGCCUCGCCGACAUGCCACCAGAGGUAACACUCGUAAUAACACAGCUCCUCCAGAUCCAACGAUCAGUACAUCCUUCCACAAACGCAUCCAAGCUUGCGCCAGUGCCGCUCGCGCGCGAAAAUCCAACUCCUCUGCACCUCGAGCCCGCCGUCACGUUGACCGUGCGAGUUCACCCGAAGUCUCUCGCCGUCAACACGCUCCCACCCUCGACGACAUACGCGAAGAAACGGACAUACUCGACUCGGAACUUGGCAAGUCUCGCGCCUACCAGUCUAAAGGGCCAUACCUGUCAAGCGACGAAGACGUAUCCUACGAGAGUUCAUCCAGCGACGACGAAUCGUUAGACGGAGAGGAUACGCGGUCUAAGUGUGAAGAAUUGUCUAAAGAGCUUGAGCUGAAUAACAUUGAAGAGGAUUCGGCAUUGGAACUGACUGAUUUGGGUGGCGGAGAAGAAGAUACGGGUGUCGAAUUGCCUGAUUUCGGCGGCGGUCAUGAGGACAACGGUAGCGGACUCGCGAAUUCAUUUGAGCCGGAAGACCCGUUAGAGCCUCAUUGUGUAGAGCGAAACGAGAACAGCCACUCGGCAGCCAAUGGUGCCACAACUGCACCUGCCCAAAACCCUUCGAACGCAUGUGUCAUCGACCCAAUGGCUGGCGUCAAUCAUCAUAAACGCAAGAGGUCUGACGCUUCGGCGCCGGAUAGCAGUAGAGAUCCACCACGCAAGAGACUUCAGUCCGGCUUGCGUAAUGAGACCACUGCCCCACACUCAGAGACAGAUAAUCCCAUGGGGCGCCAGAACGGUGUUACAAACUGCAUCAUUCAAAAGUCAACGAAAAAAGACGUUGGUAGCACCGCAGCACUAAUUGCAAUCGAGAAACUUUUCCCGAUGCCAGAUCGAAAGGACUGCGAGGACACGUGUCUGACUAGAGUCAAGGAAUUGCUCCAGCAUGGGCAUACUGAGCUUGGUUCCAGACGUGAAACACAUCAGGCAACGGUGAAAGAACUUGAGGCUUGCUCUUUAUUAGAGCUGUCAUGUAAGCAAGAGAAGGCGAAGGCUGACUCUAAGAUCUCGAAACUUUCCAAAAAGAUCAGUCGAUUUGCCAAAGAGCUCGAAAGACUUGGUGACAAUGACAUUGCGGUAGCUGACUCCGAUGUCCCCGAUAGUUCUGAGGACGAUAGCGACUGCGAACUUCUUAAUGGACGGUAUAAACUCGCAGAGAAACUCCGAAGCCGCCUUAACGAAAAGUCGAAGAUACAGGCAGUACAGAAGAAGGAAGCAGAGAAGCUCUCCACUGAACUGGCUGUAGUGAAGGCCAAGUGCGAAAGUCUCGCCGCAAAAGAAGAGGAUGAGCGCACCCAAUAUACCUACCUAAAGGUCGAGUUAUCCAAGGCAAAGGAGUACUACAUCACAGAACUUAACAACGCAAUUGCGUUUUGCAAUACGCUGGAUGUUGAUAGCGAGGAUGAAGUGCUAGAUAAGGCGCCCGUUAGCGUGGACGUAGUGAGUAUUGGUGUCUAAGGGCCUGGCUUGGGGGAUGGCUCACGCAUACUCCGUAGGUUCAACCAUGUUAUGAUUUGGAGGAAUUCUCGAAGCGAGCUUUUCGGUUUGUGUGCAUGUUGCGAAUACUAUGCGCCAGAGCUGAUGCGGCUCGACGACGCACAUGUUGAGUAGGAUUCAUUCAACUCGGUUUUCGGAUGACGUCUUGCGUGUUAUUUCCGGGAGUUUUAGGUAAAUGAUACCCAGGGUAGCCUUCUAUAAAGUGUUUCCUUAAUGAGUG